UCUGCCUCAUUGCAGGAGAUGGAAAAGAAAUAUCUAAAUUCUGAGCGUUGUGUUCAGAACCUAAUGGCUGCCUUGGAGGAGAAGGAAAGAGAAACAACAGCUUUUGCCAAGAAACUGCAGGACCAGGUGUUGAAAAAUUUGGAGACAGUGAAACAACUGCAAGAAGAGAUGCAACGCCUUGGAUUUGAAAAGACCUGUUUGGAAGCAACUGUCCAACAACAAAGCAGCAGGAUUGAAGCCCUGCAGAGAGAGCGUCAAGCCACUACCUCAGCACAGGCAGCCUCCCAGGAGAGACUGGAACACAUCAAAGCAAGUCAUCAUGCUUCUCGGAGAAACCAGCUAAAAGACAGAAUUGGACAUCCUGAAUGUGAAUUGGACAAGAUAAAAAAAGACUCCACAAGACAGUACUUUCCCAAAAAAAAAUGUGCACAGGCAGAAGUGGAAGAGGACAAGGAGCUGUAUCCGGAGGAAGCGAAAACUAGACGAUGCCUAGCAAAGAAAGUGGAAAGAGCUAAAGAGAGCCUUGAUAAAGCCAAUGCUAAGCACCUCUGGAAGCGCCUUAAAAAGCAAUCGUCAGUCACAGGCAGCACUGUCAGAGGAGGUCUGGCUGCAGCUCCAGUUCUGCGUUCAAGUGCACUGGGACAUCUUGGCAGCCAUUCAGGACUGGACAGUAGUGUGAGUGCAGGAGACAGCUUGCAAAGGCAACAUAAGAAGUGCUUGUCAUCAAGAAGGAGGCUUGUAGCCUCUGUGGCCAAGGUACAGCUGGAACAGGAGGAAAAACUCUCUAAGAAAAUGGAAAAAGGACUAGCGUCACCCAUCUUCGCGCCCUUGGAUAUCCCGAAGGUUGGCACUUCACGGCCUCUUGCCUCGGGCUCCCACCCAACGCUUACCCUGCAUCAGUCGGCAGCUCGCGAGCCCAGCUGCCUGGGCCAGACGUGUUCCUCAGCAUCUGAUCAGGCACUAUCACAGGAACGGCUCGAGCUGCUGCCUCCAGUAAGCACCUACAUGAAGAACCUCUGGGCUUCUACAGCCGUACGGUCGCCUCCUGACCCAGCCUCUCUCCUCCGCUCGAGUCUUCGGCUUCAUCCCCCCACCAUGUGCAAUGACUUGGCCGGCGUCACCGGUCUUCAUCUCCUUUGUAACCCAAAAGGUCGGCAAUCCACUCAGCAUGAAAGAGGCUGCCCUUAUUCCUUCAUGGGCUUUCCCCUGCCAAGUGAUUGA